AUGGAACUAGGUAAAAUAGAUGUUGAUGCCUCGGACUGGGAAGAAUCAAGACGGGCGAUUGACGCGGUGAUGAAAUUACUCCAUAAAGAACUACUAAGCCAGGCUGCUGAGGACUAUGAAGGCCUACGUAUUGAUUCGUACGUUCGCCAAGGAAGUUCAAGAGAGGGGUUAAAAGUUCUCAAAGCCGAUGAAUUCGACGCAAUGCUAGAGUUUCAUUUUGACGGGCUCGAGAGUCAAAUUCAGCAAGCUGUAAUCAAGAACAUGAACGGAUGUUUCAUUCCAGGACAUUGCUACUUGGAGCUUAAGGGCGUUGAUUUGGGCUAUCUGAAAGAUAAGUAUCCGAGGUUACACGCUAAAAGCGUGUUCAUCGUAUCUACCGGAAAGGUGUUCUUGAGCUCCAAAAAUCUUCACACGAAAGUUUUUCAAUCAAUGGUUGACACGGCAAUCGAUAACAUCAAUCAAGCGAUCGAAGAUCACACCAGGGACACGAAUCAACCGUCGAGAUUCGGUUUGCGAAGAAAAAUGAAUCCGCCAUCUAUCAACGUAACAAUAAGUAUGAAAGGGGGUGAGACCUACGAAUCAUUGGGAAAUGCUAAGGUUUCCACGGACAAGGAACUUGAUUUAGACUUUGUACCUGCCUUUCUCUUACGUUAUGACCAAACAACUAGGUACGAAGGCGUUUUGCUUGAAUGUCCGAUACACGCCAUAUGCAAAUGGGCAGAAGAAGACAGUUUCAAAGCGCUUGAAUUUGUUGACCAGAACCUUAUUUGGGAUGUCAAGUCGGUAGGGUACGAAAGGCAUAUCCUAGACGUUGCACGAAGAGAUACAAAAAAGUUGUACAUUCUGACCGCGCUCAGAAUUCUGAAGACUUACUUUGUUAAAACAAAGGAGAUCGCAAGACGACCGCGUGACUCCCCUCCACAGAUUGUCACAGUGCUGAAGUCCUACCACCUCAAACAGUUGGCAUUCUAUCUUCUGAACUAUCUCUGCCACAAAUACCCGAAUUUUAAAGUAGAUGGUGUUCAAAAGGCUCUGCUCUAUUUCUUUGACAUACUACGCAUCGCUCUGACAGAAAAGAGUCUUCCUCACUUAUUUUUCUCGGACAACAACGUGAUUGGAGCAAUGCUUCCGGGAUACCCGCCUUUGCCUACACGAAAACUGAAGUUCAACCUAUUCAGAAGAAUACCGAAUGAUUCCCUGACACAGGCUCUUGCAUCACUGGAGAAUCAUCUUAUACCAAACUUAGGAUUUCGACCUGGCAGUACAGACGAUAGCGAGAGAGAGAGAGUACAACAAGAUUUCAAACGCACUGUUGCCGGGUCGGAUUAUUUCUAG